AUGUCUACAGUCCAUGAUAGUCAAUCCAGCGUUGAGAAGCACCGCAAGCGACCUGCCACAACUGCUACAGGCUACACACAAACUAUUAGGAUGUUUGGCGACGGGCCCAGAGCUUGGCUGCCUAUUCCCGACCUAAUUGACGAGUACAACCACUGUAUGAGCGCUGUCGACCACGCAGACCAGUACCGCAGCAAUUACAAUACAAUUCGAGUCCACAGGAAGACCUGGAAACCACUGUUCCAUUUCCUGUUGGAUACAGCUGUCGACAACACCUUCCUCCUCUCUACGUACAAGCCCCCGCCCGGCAACAGAGGCUCGCGCGAGCAGAGCCAUAAGCAGUACCGUCGCGACCUCCGAGAUGCCCUCUUCGAGUCCUCCGUUCGUCCUCGCGAGCCAAAUAAAACACAGAGGAGGAAGAGCACAAAGGAUAUUGUAUGGAGGCCGGUGGAGGAGCAUCAGCACAAGCGUGUGUGGCGGAAACAGGUCUUCUGCAGCGCUUGCAUAGAGGCCAAGCGCCCAACUACAACACCACACCGGGCAGCUCGUAAGCCACUAGCAAAUCUAUUUGCGAACUCUACAAUGAAGAAACGGGAGGACUCCGACGGCUGGAAGCGUCGCACAAGGCCUCCACGAACCUCGUGGGGCUGUACAGUCUGUAGAAUUCCGUUCUGCACGAGAGGAACAUGUUGGGGUGAACAUCUGGCAAGGCUCAACACCAAGGACUAG